AUGCGGUCUCAUCAGAACCGUAUUCUUCACAAACUCCUCCAUACAAUCCACCAGUCGGUCCCGAUUCUUACUAGCGAAAAGCCUCUGAACCCCGACCUCCCCCUCCGCCGGAAAAUGCGUGUACGCCUUCGGAAUCGACGACUGAUUCGGAAUAGUGAGCAUGCGCAUCCACCGGCUAAGAAGGCGUAG